AUGAAGGUGGAGGGAGAGAUGGGGAGCGGUGGCGCAGCGGUGUCCGGUGCGCGCGGUGGCAACGACUGCUGUAUAACCCGACUGCUGAACGUCGUAGAGAGCGAGUUACAGGCCGGGAGGGAGAAAGGAGAUCCUACUGAAAAACAACUUAAAGUUGCGCUGGAGGAUGCUGAACUCUGGAGGAAAUUCAAAGAAGUCACGAAUGAGAUGAUUGUGACCAAGAACGGCAGGAGGAUGUUCCCAGUCCUGAAGGUCAGUGUUACUGGUCUAGAUCCUAAUGCAAUGUACUCCUUCCUCUUGGACUUCAGUCCUGCAGAUGGGCACCGAUGGAAGUACGUAAACGGCGAGUGGGUACCUGCGGGCAAACCCGAACCUCACAGCCACAGCUGUGUGUACAUCCACCCCGACUCCCCCAACUUCGGUGCGCACUGGAUGAAGGCUCCAGUGUCAUUCAGCAAAGUCAAACUCACCAACAAACUCAGUGGAGGUGGCCAGAUUAUGCUGAAUUCUCUUCACAAGUAUGAGCCACAAAUUCACAUUGUUCGCGUGGGAGGAAACCACAGAAUGGUGACCAACAUCUCUUUCCCAGACACGCAGUUCAUCGCUGUAACUGCCUACCAGAAUGAAGAGAUAACCGCACUGAAGAUAAAACACAACCCUUUUGCGAAAGCGUUCCUUGAUGCUAAGGAAAGAAGCCAUCCUAAGAAUCUAGAACCUCAAGGCGAAAACCCGCACAUGGGCAUACCACACUGUGGAUGGUUCAUAUCAAACCCAGAGACGCUGUGCUCUGCUGGUGGUGGCAACUUUCCAUACGCUGGGGGUUUACCGCUAACCCCCCACCAUGGGUACAAACCCUACCCGAGUCUGCAUGGGCACCGAGCAGCACCGUACCCAUCACCCUAUCUGCCUCGCCACCAUCAUCACUGUUCUCAACACUCAGGUAGCAGUUUUAACAUUGCAUUUGCAAUAGUGGUAAAGCUUUAG